AUGCGUCUCCUCAACGUCAUUAGCAACCGCAAGAAUGCCCAGACCGCCGAUGCGGUCGCGGGCUUCCCCGAGCGCCAGCCCGGGGGCAAGGAUGAGGCCGGCGUCUUCGCCGACCAGGCGACGAGCGACUCGGACACACUGAGUCUCGAGGCGCGCAACGAAAAGGAGAUUGAGCUGCACCCAGACCAGGUCACUCGCGGUGCCGAGCUUGGUGUGCAGAAAGCCGAGGCCGCGGCGCUUGUCUGGAGCAGGAAGGCCGUCCUGGCUACCUACGCAUGGAUCUGGGUCUGCUUCUUCAUGCUGGCUCUGCAGCAGAGCAUCCUGGGAUAUGCAUCCUUUGCCGCGUACGCCGACUUCCAAACGGCGCCGGCCAUCACCACCGCGUCGAUCCUGUCCAACAUCAUCGGCGGCGUCCUCAAGCUGCCGAUUGCCAAGACCCUCAACAUCUGGGGCCGCGCCGAGGGGUACCUCGUUUUCCUCGGUGUCUAUCUCCUCGGCAUGAUUGUCCUCGCGUCUUGCAACGGACCGGAUGGCUAUGCCGCCGGUUAUGUCCUCUAUUGGAUUGGUUACGACGCGUUGUACAUGAUUCUCGACAUCUUCAUGGCCGACACGUCGGGCCUCCGUAACCGUGCAUUCGCCUUUGGGUUCGCUUCGACGCCCUUCAUCUGCACAGCUUUUACCGGCCCGCUCGCCGCGCAGUCGUUCCUCAAGCACAGCACCUGGCGCUGGGCCAUUGGCUCCUUCGCCAUAAUCCAGCCUUUUGUCUUUGUGCCCCUUGCCGUCGUCUUCAAGUUUUACCAGCGCAAGGCGGAGAAGAUGGGCAUCUUCAAGCGCGAAGACAGCGGCCGAACGACGGCACAGUUCAUCAAGCACUACAUUCACGAGUUUGACGUUGUCGGCGCGCUGCUCUUGAUGAUUGCUUUUGUCCUGUUCCUCCUUCCCUUCAGUCUCGUCAGCUACAACCGCGCCACCUAUGACAGCGCGACCUUCAUCGCCAUGGUCGUCAUCGGCUUCCUGCUGUUCUUCGUCUUCGUCGCCUGGGAGAAGUGGUUCGCGCGCACCCACUUCAUCCGAUGGGAGCUGCUGCGCCAGCGCACCGUCCUCGGCGCGUGCUUCAUGGCCGCCAUCUCCUUCUUCUCCUUUUACUCGUGGAACCUCAACUUCUACAGCUUCGUCACCGUCGUGUACAACCUCGACGUCUCCCUCGCUGGGUACAUGACGCAGAUCUACAACGUCGGCUCCUGCUUCUGGGGCGUCGUCUUCGGGCUGUGGGUCCGCUGGACCAAGCACUUCAAGUGGACGGUGCUGUGCCUUGGCCUGCCUCUCAUGAUCCUCGGCUCGGGCCUCAUGAUCAAGUUCCGCGGCCAGGAGGCGGACAUUGGAUACGUCGUCAUGUGCCAGAUCUUCAUUGCCUUUGGUGGCGGUACCCUCGUCAUUGGCAAUGACAUGGCUGUCAUGGCUUCCAGUGACCGUGAGGGUGUCGCCAUGAUGCUUUCGCUGCUCGGCCUCUUCUCCAGCAUCGGCGGCGCCGUUGGCGACGCCGUCUCCGCGGCCAUCUACGCGGGCACCUUCCCCGAGGCCCUCCGCGCCAAGCUUCCCGCCGAUGCUCAGGACAAGUGGUCUGCCAUCUACCUCGGCGGCUACCUCGAGCACCAAAAGUACGCCGUGGGCACGCCCAUCCGCGACGCCAUCAACUAUGCCUGGGGCAACAGCCAAAAGUUCGGCGCCAUCUCCGCGACGGCGGUCUUGACUCUGGGUAUUCCUGCCAUUGCCGUGUGGAAGAACUAUCGCGUGGACAAGAAGCAGAACAAGGGUACCAUGUUUUGA